AUGAAGAGCUUGUGGUGGUGGUGGUGGUGGUGGUCAUCUAUUAAUACCAGUAGAAGUCGUCGACUUGUUCUGUUGCUCUUCUGUCUGGGUCUGUCUGCUAGUCUCUUUCAAUUGGAUCUUCUCGCAGACAACCAUGGUGAUUGGUACAAUGGUCUCCUUCCGCAGCCCUCGGAUGACAUGUCAGACCAAGACCAACCGGAACAGAGGAGACGAAUGGAAGAAGAAGAAGAAGAAGAUCUGUCUAUUGAAGAGUGCACUCGCAUCACGGAAGUGAACUUGGAUUCGGAACCUCUUCAUUUUGGCAAUCCCCUGUUUCUCCUGGUGAAUGAUCAUGUGAUUUAUGUAGUACUGGAACCACUCAAGGAAUGCAACAUUUUCCACGCUCUGUGGAGUUAUGUGACUCCCUUUUACAAUCUCAUGACAACUCUGCAGAAAAAGAAUACCGUGGCCAUCCAAGUACAUGUCUUAUUGGAAGAGUGCCAUGCGUGGCUGGAACAGUUGCUACUCGCCUUUCCUGUCGGUCCCUACUAUACCAUUUCCAUUCAAACCACACGUACCAACGAUUGGCAAGCGUUCUUCGCACAGCAACGUCAAAAAAAUACCGAACGACAUCAUCUGAAUGAUCCUGAGUAUUACUACUACAGCGACACUGAAUGGUUCCAAGAAGGUCAGGACACAUUCCCCACUGACCGAUCCAAUUGCUUCUUGCUAGAAUCCAAAUGGAUGUCCUUUGGAGAAGGAGUCCAUCACGAACGGUGGAACCAGCCGUCAUCCAACCAUGGUCAGUAUUUACAACCCUGGCUCGUCGACUCGAUGCGGAAUCGAUACCUACCUGUUGCUCGCAAACGCAAAAGACGACCCCUGGCAUUGUUGGUGGAACGCAGCUGCACGUCGUUUGCACGACAACUCGUGGACAUGACAACCGGAAUGCCUCUCUUUUCUGAUUCCGUCUUUCUCCAAAACGUUCGCAAUUUGGGAUACGACACGCAAGUAUUGACCGUCUGUGGACGCAACGACACCCUCCAGCAAUACCAAGACUUUGCACAGGCCGACGUCGUCGUGUCGGUGCACGGAGCACAACUCGCCAACCUAAUCUUUCUGCCCACUACGACUAGUAAUGAUGGCAACAAUAACACGAUCCCGUCCUUUUUCUUUCCACCGGCACUGGUGGAAAUCUCCUUUCGCUUUGCUUGGUGUCGUCCAACACGACGAAACACCACGUCUGCUGUCGAGCACAAUGGCACGCACGAGGCCCUAUUACAGCAGUGGCGACAACCACACUGCACCAACCACGAGAGUCGAUACUACCCAAAGGCCGAUUACUUUGCCAUUGCUACUGCCAUGGGGAUACGGUACACCGAAGUCCUUCAUCAUGCCGUCAUUCCAUAUCCACGUGCCACGCGCAAAGAACAACAAAAUCCCAUUCAAGUGGCGGGCGUCAUUGUGGACUCAACUCUGAUCCUGCAAGAACUCAAACGCCUUCACGAGGAUCCCACCUACGAGCAUGCCACGUACAAUGGAAAGGAAGGAGUGCAUCGGUACAAGAUUGGGGUGCGGGCCAGCCAGCCAGAGGCAACCACCACAAUCGGCAGGUGA